AUGGCGCGCUACGGUCUGCUACUGCUGCUUCUUGGUGUAGCAUUCGCGUUAGAGAUCCCGACUGGAUUGAGGCCAGCUAAGGCCGUUGGUGCAAGUGAAAGCGAGGAUAAGGUGGUUCCUGUUGCUGAGGUGGGUUUUUCAAACUUGUUUAUUAUAUUUUUAAUAGAUAGAAGAAGUAGCAAUAAAAAUAGUAGAACAAAAUUCGGCAAUAGGGUUAGUGUAGAGCUAGGGUAAAACAAGAAUGGAACAAAUCUUUUAGCUAAAAGCCAAGGAUAAGCAUCGAUAGAAGAAGAAAGGCUAAGAAAGAAGGGUUUUACAAUGAUAUGAAAAAGAUAGGACAAGAGUAGAGCAAUAGUAAAAAAAAGAAUGGAGCAAGGAUAGAAUAGAGUCAUGGGUAGGGUAAGAGUAUGAACGGAGGGUCGGGCAAAGCAAAGCAAAAGUAAAGCUAAGGCACGGCUAGGGUAGGAGAAUCGUAGGAACGACUGUGCAAAGACACAGCAAGAGUAGAGCAAAGGUAAGGCACGGGUAAAUCAAAAGUAUAACGAAGACAGAGCAAAAGUGGAGCUAUGUUAACUUAAGAAUUUCAGAUCCCGGCUCCUCCAGCUAACGCUAGAGCACCACCCAACAUUUCACUGCGUUCCAGACAUGUAGCAGCUCAAAACACUCCAGCCGAAUCUCAAGAUUCUACCAGCGAGCAGAAUGAGGUAUGUUAUUAGCGUGAGGUUGUGUUAUUGUAGAGUAGGGUACGUCAAUCAAGUUUUAGUUUAAAGAACUGUAGUUUAAUUAAUUUUCAGGUAGAAUUCAAAGAGCCAGUAGUGUUUGCCAAGUCUAAAUCAUCAAAAAAGCAAGAGAAAGCCAAGCCUCCAGCCUUCAAAGCGGUCGAGAAUGCGCCAGCUCCAAAAACGCCACGAGUUACGGUACGUAUCGGCCCUGAGGGUCAUCAAAAAACAAUUCCUGUAUUGCCUGGUGUCCGUGUCAAUUUUCGAACAGCUGACGCAAUUGCCGAAAAUGACGAAUAAAUUACUGUAUCUUACUAAAUUUUUGAAAGUUUUUUGAUUUUAGUUACUGUAACCUUUUUUGUUUAGGGUACUGUAAUAGCUUGUAAUUUAGGUAAAGGUAGCUACGUUUAUUUUGAGCUACUGUAAUUUUUUUAAGAUGUGUUGCAAUAUUUUUUUAAGAUACUGUAAUUUAUUGUGUUUUAAGGUACUGUGACUACACUUAGUUUGCACUGUUGAAACUUUUUUUUGAGUUAAUCGUAAUUUUUUUCGGUUGAGGUUACUGUAACUUUGUUUGGUUUUAGAUACUAAACUUUUUUUGGUUUGUACUAGGACUGCCUUUAGUUUGAACUACAGUAACCGUUAUCAAUUUAAAUUACUGUAGUCUUUUUCUGUUAUAGUUACUGUAAUAUAUACAAAUAUAAUAAUUUUUAGUUACAGUAACCAAUGUUAAUUACGUUUUUAGGGUCCAUUACCACCAAGCGGUAACUACGGAGUAAACACGAUUCUACAAACUAACCUUGUCGAUUCAAAAGGGCGUAUUAUCAAAGGAGUUAGCUCAGUACCAAUCAGAGUGCCAUCUACUGAAGAGUUGAAAAAUGCUAAACAAAGGUGAGAUAUGACAUUUAAAAAAAAUUUAAUUUUUUUAAAUUUUAAAUUUAAUUUUUUUUAAUUUAAAAAAAAAUUUAAGACAAUUUUACUUUUUUUUGUAAAAUACGCAGUGUCUCACAAACUAUUAAAAAUUUUAGCCGAGCCAGUGCAGCACCAGUUGAAACAGAUGCUGACAAAGUUGUGCCAGUCGAAUUUGGAGGCAACUCUCGUGCCAUUUAG